CGUAUGAAGAGAAUAAAAUAGCUAAUAAGCAAACCUAAAAAAGCUAAUCAUCAUUUUCAAAAGAUUUUAUAUAUAAAAGUGUUUCAAAAUCUAAAACAGAGCUAUAUAUAUAAUUUUCUUUUAAAAAAAAAAACAAAAAAAAUCCCUAAUAACUGCGACCGUGUUGGUAUUUGUUACGCUAGUGAGGGAAGGCGACGCAGUAACAUCGAUCGAACGGCAUGAACGACGACUAUACAACCAAUAUUCACAGUUGCAGUGAUUCUGUUAACAAUCGUAACGGAGACGGUAACGGUAAUCAGUAUCAGAUCAGUCAAGUAUGGGGAACGUGGGAGGAGCUUCUGUUAACAUGCGCCGUUAAUCGCCACGGUUCUAAAGAUUGGGACUCCGUCGCUAAGGAGGUUGUUUCCCGGAGCUCUCUCGACGCCUCCGCUCCGAGUUGCCGGCUCAAGUAUCAAGAUCUCAAGCGUCGGUUCCGAGAUUCCGUCGACGACGACGACGGACGAGGAAAUAGCGACGGUGAAAUCCCUUGGCUCGAGCAGUUACGGAGUCUUCGUGUGGCGGAGCUCCGGCGAGAUGUUCAGCGAUGCGACGAGUCGAUACUAUCGCUUCAGUUAAAAGUUAAGAAACUAGAGGAGGAGGAGAAAGACGGAGAUGAUGUUAGAUCGAUCAACGACGAAACAGAGCCGACGAGGCUAAACCGAGAAACGAACGAGUCUAACUCGACACCUCCCGUCGAUAAAAUCGCCGAUCACGAGCGGUUAAGCGGAGAUAGUUCGAUAAAUCCAGAUCCCGAUCAAAAGACGGCAACGGAGGAGGAGGAAGAAGGGACGGUUAGUAGAAGAUCGGGAAUGAGUCACUCCGGCGAGUUAGGCGAGUCGGGAACGUACACAGGUCAUCGGAAGAGGAAAGGACAUGAAUACAUGAGCGGCGAGGAUAACAGUAUCCGCGGUGAAAGCGGCGGUAAUAUUAAACCGGACGGGAGUCAAUCGCAGCCGUUGAUAGAGAUCAUUAAGAUGAUUCGGUCUCAUCCGCGUGGAUCCGUGUUCGAAUACCGGCUUCGGAGCCAGGAGACAAAGGACUACAAGAGAGUGAUAAGGCAGCAUUUGGACAUUAAAACAAUAGAGAAGAAGAUGGAGGAAGGAUCCUAUGUUUCUUCAAGUCUUUCAUUUUACAGAGACCUUAAGCUUCUCUUCACAAACGCCAUUGUUUUCUUUCCCACAUCUUCCUCAGAAUCCAAGGCUGCACAAGAGCUAAGAACCCUUGUCUCUAACGAAAUGAAGAAAGAAACUGGAAAAUCGAGUCACCGUGCCAUCAAAUCAGAGGGGGGAUCUUUGCUUUCUAAACAGAAAGCUUCUGCUCCCCCUCUUGUUGCAUGUAAGAAGAAAGGUUCUGCUUCGAAAAAGACGUUACCUUCUUCUUCAAGCUUCAAACAAAAAGAUGAGAUUCAAGUUUCAGAAGAUAAGGAUGUGACUAUUACUGCUAUAGCUACAAGAAGGUCGAGGAAAACGAGCAAAGGUAUGGAAGUUGUUGCCAAGGAUACCACAAUGGGAAGAGCCAAAAACAAUAACAAGAAACAAACAGAUUCAAAAGCAGAUUCAUCGAAUGAUGAUGAUGAGGAAAAGACACCUAAGAUAGAGAAGAAGAGAGCAUCAGAGAAGAAGAAGAGUGUGGCUGAGUUCUUGAAGAGAAUCAAAAAUAACUCACCACCGAAGGGAAAAGAAACAACAAGUAAAGAUCAGAAGAAGAGUGAUGACAACGUUAAGAAAGAGAACAGUAAAGCAAAACCAAGGGAACUGAGGAGCAACAGCACGGGUAAAAAGAAGGUUGAGGUAGAGAGUACUGAAAAUAAGAGAUUAUCGAAACGAAAACAAUUGAAAAAAGAAGCAGAGGGAGAGACUGCUGCGGCUACCAGAAAACGAGGUAGGGAAUUACGAAAAGACAAUCAACAACCAAAGAAAAGAAACAAAAGAUGAAAGCGAUUCGUUGUGGUUAGGUAUUGUACAUUUGAUAUGCAAGAAGUAUUCAUCAACCCUCUUAGCAUUAGUGUUUAGGAGUGAUUCAUAAAUCUUGUUAGGUUUUUAAUUUAACCUAUGUUGUACUUGUUAUAGAGGAUUUUGUCUUGGUGUA